GCAGCAAUUCCUGGGGAGGGAAAGGCGUUCGCAUCAAUGUACGUUGGACUUGCUCGCCUUGGCACCCUUUGCACCGUUCAACACACUUUUGUUGUCCUCCCCCAAAAUCCGACCUGAGAGAGGGCAACUAACACGACAUAUCGUCCAGUUAGUGUAGUUGCCUUGUUGGUCGUCAUCGGCCUGGUUCCGACAUCAGGGCACUCAUCUCCCAGCUCCAAAAUCCCAACCAAUGUCCGCAUCUCCCAGACGCCAGGUCCCAGGCCCAGGGCCCCCAAGAACCGCAGGAACCAAUUCCAGAGGCCAGCGAGGUUCACUCCCCACGUUUCUGCCACGGGCCGCCAGUGUCCACCGGGCACCUCUGAAUUUGAGGCUCCUCACAGGCUGUACAACCCAGGUCGUACUAGCGUGUGCCCAACACCUUGGGACUGGGAGGGCGCUGUUCCGACGGUUUGGAUAGGUAGCCCGUGGCUGUUAACUUCUCCCAUGGACACUUGGCUCGGAGAAACACCGACGCGAUCCUUCUUGACCUUGGCUUCCCUCUCGGCUAUGUUUCCAGACGUCGUAAUACGAGUUCCUGGACGAGAUACAACGUCACCUCGGCCCGCGGCAUUGGCAGCCAGCAUCUGCGUAUAUCUAUAGUACCCCUUCUAACACCCCGGAGCCCGGUCCUAUGGGUAGGAGUGUGGACGGACAUGGAGAUGGAUUGGCCAGGACAUGGCGAAUACAAGACAAAAUAAUGGAUCUGAUGGAGCCGCCCGCUUGCAUGCGCUCCCCCGUUGGUAAUAAGCCAAAGGCAUGGUUUGCUCUCACAUGGUGGGCAUGGCCUUCUUGUGUCGUGCACGACCGCCAUCCUUCGAUCGAUGCAGCUUUGCAAUCUUUGGGAAUUCUGGGUCCUCCAUAGGCCAUAAGACCAUGUUCCGACAACCUCCUCCUCCAUUGACAACGAAAGGGGCAUGGACUGCUCACUCCUCCGGAUUUCCCCCGGAGCGACUCCCCUCCUCUCCGCCAACUAGCAUCUAGCCAUGUAGAAGCCCGUCUCUAUAGCCUGGGUCUGCCCUGUCUAUUGCCGUCUGAUCCCAUUCGCCUUUGUCUUCGUCGCAAUAACAACUGGAGCUUGCCCUGUCGUGCGACUUGUACCCGCAGUCUCGCCGGCAAACUUCACUGGUUCUUCUUCUCUUCCCUCCCGGAUACGCAUAUUGAGAUCGGAUCAACACCGACAGCGUGGGACCAGCCCAGUUAUUACUCCACGUUUCCCUCUCCUCCAUUCCUUCGACCAACACCACACCAACCGAACACGUCCCCAACGUCCCGGGACAGAUACCAGCAGUGCGGUUUGACAGACAAGUCAUACGGCCGUGCGACCGGCCCGGAAGGCAAUCAGCUUCCCAACGAGACGGAGCCAGUGACCUCGGUGUAACCCAAACCAGUCCAAACUGUUACUCGACGUCGAUAUCCUGGUCAAGCCCGAACCCAGGCAGAAUCCGACAGACAGGCGACAGCCAUCAGACAUACAGCCAGCAGUGCUAACGGUACAUACCACUGCUGCAUUGAGGUUACUGCACCUUCAACGACGGACCGCAAACAACGUCCUUCCCUCUAAAGGGAGUUGAUGAAGAAUAAUAGUUCUUGAUGUUGGCUCUUACUUACAGGCACUUCACUUGCCAAGGUUCAAAUUUGGUCCCAGGGUCAUUGUACCAGCAAAACCUUCGCCUUGUUUAUACUUAUAUUCACUUAUUGUGGUUGGAGCACAACGUGUGCCACUUUGACCUUUCGACGACUUCAAAUCUGAAGCAGCACUACAUACAUCGAAAAGCCAAAUCGAACUGUCAACAUGGGAAAAUUCAAGAUUAGCUCUUGGCUGAACCGCAGCCCAUCACCCAUAUCCGACGAGGAUGGAAAGAAGCAAAACCGCUCGUCAUUUUCGGCCCUGUCUUCAUCACUGACCUCCAAGCUCAAGGAGCCUCAGUCUAGCACCACUGGAAUCCAUACCCCUCCUCCCGAUGAACCGGAGCGACAGCCAUCAACCUCGCGGAUGAUUGCGUUGGCGCAAAAGAUUGCAAAGGAAACAGAAAAGUUGGAGACGUACAUGAAGGAUAACAACCUCCCGAUGCCAAGUUUUGACGUUGAUGCGCCCGCCGAUUUCCCGAAACUGCCCGCCGAGAUUUCGAGAAGCAGGCAGGAAAUCAUUUUCGCUACGAGAGAACUGGGCUUGCUUGCACAUGGACCUCGCGAGUCGCUGAGAUGGGGUGUUUGGGAGUUCCUUGACGUUCUUGCCUUGCAAGUGAUCACUCAUUAUGAUAUUGCCAAACUGUUCCCCCCAGCCGAGACCAUCACCCUCUCGGAGCUUCAAUCCAAGACAUCAUUGGACCCCAUCAACCUGGCCCGCAUCCUCCGCCUCGCCAUGACUAAGGGCAUCUUCCGUGAGCCGGUCCCGGGCAUCAUUGCCCACACGGCCGCCUCCCGCGUGCUUGCUGAGGACAGCGACCUGCAUGCCUGGGUUGCCUUCAACGGAGAGGACAUCUUCCCGGCCGCAGCCCACGUGCUUGAGGCGCUCAAGACCCACCCAGAAGCCACCUCACUCACCCGCGCCGGCUUCCAAUUCGCCUUUGGUACGGUCGAUAAGGAGCCCAUGUUCGUUACCUUUGGCAAGGACCCGGCGCGCGCGCGGCGUAUGGGCAAGGCCAUGGUCAGCCUUACUGGCGGCGAAGGCUACGAGGUCUCGUAUCUGCUCGAUGUCGAGGGUGGUGGCUACGACUUUAGCGAGAUCGACGCUAAGGGGGGCAUGUUUGUGGACGUGGGUGGCUCGCAUGGUUUUGUGGACGUGGACUUGGCCAAGAAGUAUAGGAACAUGAAGUUUGUGGUACAGGAUACGGCCAAGACGGUCGAGAGCGCGCCCAAACCGAUUUGUGAGGACGAGCAGGUUGCUGGCAGGAUUGAACUGAUGCCUCAUGAUUUCUUCCAGGAGCAGCCUACCAAGGAUGCUGAUGUCUACUUCUUCCGCUGGAUCAUGCACAACUACUCUACCCCCUAUGCCAUCAAACUCCUGAAGAACUUGAUCCCCGCCCUCAAGCCCGGCGCCCGCGUCAUCAUUAACGACCAUUGCCUUCUCGAGCCCGGUCAGGAAAAUCCCUGGGACGAGACCGUCAUGCGUCGUAUGGACUUGGUCAUGCUAGCGUUGCUCAACGCGCAGGAGCGCACCGAGGCCGAGUUCAGGGAACUGUUCAAGGCUGCUAGUGAUGGGUUUGUUUUCAAGGGCGUCACAAGACCUAAGGGAUGCCGAAUGAGUAUCAUCGAGGCUGUUUGGCGACCUGACUUGGUUGAUUACGGUGCUUCUGCUACUCCUGCUGAUGCUGAUGCUGCUGCUGGUGCUACUGGUGCCACCACCGCCGCCGAUGUCGAAGCUCCUACAACAAAUGCCCUUGAGAAAUUGGAGCUGGAGGAUCAGGAGGCUAAGUGAACAGCCAACUAUUAGCCAUUUCGGCUUGUAGAAAAAAAGCCGGUCGAGAGUGAGUGACUGAACUUCUCUAGCCAGUUUGAGUGCCCUUCUUCACUCAUCCUUAUCAGUUCAUUGGCAACUUGCUGCAUUGAACUUUCAGGCUUUCAGCUUCUUUUCUUUUCGUUCUUACCAUAAUUUGGAGUAUACCCUCUGGAGAAAGAGCAGAGAAGUUUAAUUUUCCCAACGGAUACUUCAGAGACGAGAGGAGAAUGAGUGAAGAACAGAAGCAGAUGCAGAAAAGGAAAGCGGCGGAGGAGCAAAGCGGUGGGUCAUAUCAUCAAUAUUCAUCCCACCUACCUCAUCCGCUCAGAAAUAUCAUAGAUUAAACAUACCCUUAGGUACCUCGCAGGCCUUAGCUAGUAAUCUGAAUUCACUAAUGGUAUUAAU